CGCCUUCAUCCAUGAUGCUGUGUUGUUGUCAGCAGCCCCUCCUUCCUCUGUUUUCUUCUUCGUUGGUCAUUAGUAGAUGUUCUCUCCUCUUUUGAAUGAAUCCCUGUUGGAGAGAAUAAUUACUCUUAUGGGAGUCAGGGAUGUUCGUUUCCCGCGCACGGAUCCGGAGCGGCUGUGGGAUUAUGGGAGUUUUUGUCUCUAGCACAUAAACAAAACGCAGGUAAUUCCACCGCUUACAUCAGUAGGAUCCUCAAGGGCCCCUCCCUACUGUGGGCCAGGGUAAUCAGUCCCUGUCCCCCAUCUCUAAUGUCUGAGUACCCGCCGCUGUGAGUGGAGCUCGUGCAGCAACUUUUGGAUCAAACCAUCUCCAAGGAGGAGGAGGGGGGUUUGAGGAGGAGCUCCAGACAGACUGAACCAUGGCGCCUGUAGCGGACGUGAGCGGGGAUCCAGAGCCUAUCGGUGAUCUAGUUUUUUGGCUGAGAAAUGGGUCCUGGUAUCCUGACUAAAGUCAGUCCUCUUUAGUUGAACUGUCCCUUUCUAUCCCCCUGAAUUCUUCUGGUUCAUCCUCAGACACAUUCUCAGACUCUUUCCGGUCUUCUUGUCUCAGUGAAAGUUUUCCUGGUUUAUCCUUCAGCGGAAGUUUGACCGCGCAGUCAGAGUUUGGAGAUCAACUUUGAGCUCUUUAAACUCUUCAACACAUCUCAGAGACACUAAUGAAGGUAGAAACAGAGGAAGACCAACCUGGGUUCACUCGGAGACGGACUCUGCUGCUGGAGAGGGAACAGUUCGACUGGGAAAAUCCUGUCUUACAUGCUGCCUCCUGAGGCGUUUCUUUCCUGACACACUGAAGAGUUACGACAUGAUAACUUGGCCAACAACCACAUCUCACUCUCAGUUAUCCUGUCAGGUCUAGAGGAAGAAAGACAGUCAGGUUAUUGAGGACAAAAUGUCAGCCAGGCUUCGCUACAACUGUUUAUGCAACUGUUUAAGUGCCACUGCUUUAGCUGCAGGAUGCUUCGCUGUCCUGAUUCUAAUUUUCCCGGUGGCUGAGAUUAUUCUAGGUGUGGUGUACCUGUACGAGUGUCCGGCAGCCCCUCUUCUCCCAGUCUACGUGAUAGUGUGUGGGGUCCUGGCCGUGCUGCUGGUGGCUCUACUGGCUGUGCCAAAGCUCUUCUGUCCCGCUGCGUCCAACAGUCUGGUCUGGACCGUGGUCCUCCUCAUCCUGGUCACGUUCACCUGCGUUUGGUUCAUCUACGGAAGUUAUCUGGUUUAUUCUAUUUAUCCUCCAAACUACACCAAGAGCUCCAACAGCAGCAGCAUCCCUACUCCAUCUGCAGCCAAACAGAAACCUGACCUUAACCUCGAUCAGGCCCAGAACCAGGGCCUGGACCAGAACCAGAACCAGGACCAGAACCAGAACCAGAGCCAGGGCCUGGACCAGAACCUGAACCAGGGCCUGGGACAGAACCAGAGCCAGGGCCUGGACCAGAACCAGGACCUGAACCAGAACCAGAACCAGAGCCAGAGCCAGGGCCUGGACCAGAACCUGAACCAGAACCAGAGUCACAGCCUGAACCAGACUCAGACAAUCAACAACACCAACCGGACUUUACUGGAUCUGAUUCAGACCUUGUCCCUCAGCAGCAACAGCAGCGCUCAGAUGACCAGAGAGCCCCUGAAUGCACCACAAACACUCGGUGUGGCGGCCGCCGCUCCGUACUGUAACAGGACGUUGUACCUGUUUGUUUUCUGGACCACCACGCUGGUCUACGUGCUCACAGGAAACGCUGUGCUCAUUUUCCUCUGCAUCUACGGCUGCAUGAAGCUGGGCAACACUCUGGUGAAGAUGACAACUUUCUGAGCUGAGAUACGAGCCGCUUCAUCUCAGAGACUUUAAACCUUUAAAUGACCUGGAAGGGUCCUCUUCAGGCUGAGUUUAUAGCUUUCAGCCACACUUCCAGCACUGAGACCUGAGGGCAAAAAGAGCUCAGGACAUGGCAGCUGUUUGGGUCAAUAACGCUGCUGUUUGGGGAUUGAAUGACUUUAAAUUUGUGGUUAUGAAAUCACAGGUGAGUGGUAAAUGGCUAGGUAACGUUACCUAAUGAUAUAAGCAUCACUGUCAGCUGUUAGUCAGUGUUCUGGAGCUUUAAUGUCAGUUAAAGACAGAUUGUGAUCAGGCUAACAUAAUUCUUAACAUCAGGAUUAGGAGGCGUCUGUUCACUGCUACGGUACUGUUUCCUAAAGCAGCGGUUCCCAAACUUUGAUGCUUAUGCCCCCCUAAGAAAAGCCAAGACCCCCCAAGGGCCCACCGGGAAAAAUUAAACUUUGAUUUUAAAUUUUCAUUGACAAAAACACAACAUAAGAGGCCACCAUACACUUGUUCUUGACAAAUAUCUGUGUAUAAACUGUCAGUUAUUACAACAGUCUAGAAAAAACAAAAAUAAAGAAGGGCUGUCUAUUUUCAAGGGAAAAAAAUCUUUUUUAACUGAUUGUCAGGUUUAAACAGUUUUUCAUUGACAAGAAAUAAACAAGAUUUUUUUUUUUAUUUUAAAGCUUGUAAAUGAAUGUAAAUCAAAACUUAGAUUUUUGAGAUUACAAAGUCAAAAAUACAACCUCUGUUUUCAGUUUGGUGUCUUGUAAAUUUUUGAUAUUAUGCUUUUGUAAAUAUACCAUAAUAAAAACAAGAAAUAUUUGAGAUCUUUAUGUCAAAAUUUAAGACUUUUUAAACGUGGAAAUUACGAGUUUUUCCUUGUAAAUUUUAGACUUUUUCGAAGUGGAAAUUUCAAGUUUUUGUUGUAAAUUUAAGUUUUUUUUAAGCAAGGAAAUUUCAAGUUUCUGUAAUAUAUUUAAGACUUUUUGAAGGUGGAAAUGUCGAUUUUUUUCUCAUAAAUUUAAGAAUUUUUAAACUGUGAAAUUUUUAGUUCUCUUUUUUGUAAAUAUACAACCGUAAUUUUCAAAUAUUCCCCCUAAACUUUUACUUUUUUGCUCAUAAAUGAACAGAUUCUCUCAUUUGUUUCAUCUUUACGAUGGCCCUGAUUCGCAGUCAUGCGUUUUGUUUAUAAUAUUGACUAAAAAAGCGUCUGAUUUUGACACCAUGAGAGGAAAGGGACAGUGGAGCAUCUCUAUCAGCGUUUGUUCACUCAGAGGUUUUAAAAGACACUGAAAAAGGGGCUCUGGAUGUUGUAACAUAAAAGGAAAAAAACAACAAAUUGAUAUGAUUUAAAGAGGAAAAUUUUUUAAAAUAAUUUUAAAGAAAGGUAAAAAGAGUCCUAUUUAAACUAAAAACAUGAGAUUUUUUUGCUUAAAGGUAACAGUAAAAACUAUACUGUGAUCUUCACCAGUGUGUGUGGCAGCUGUGAAUAGACUAAUGAAGUGUUUGAUCAUGUUUGUGAAACUUUUUGCCUCAUAUGGCUUUAGAAAUAAAGAUUUUCAAACUUCCUGUUCUCAGUAGUGACUCACGUUGGGUUGUGAAACAGAAGUUCAGUGUUCCUUGAUGCUCUUGUUAAAUUCUCUUCCUGUUGUUUAAUGCUGGUCUGUUGCCUAAUAGAUGGAUUCUCUCUGUCUUGUUGAGUAAAUAUAACACUCACAUGUGCGUGUGAUCUAAGGGUGGUUUCAGGUUAGGGAGCUGGGCCCAGAUCCUUGUACCCCUGACCCUGAAGUCUGGUUUUACCUGGGUGGUUAGGGGGUUAUUGGUGACCUGAGUGGUUGCCAUGGUCACCAUUCUGUCAUCUUCUUGGUUGAUUUCCAAACCAGCGAUGCACCUCCCUACAAACUCAGGUACUAAACUAUCACUAAUGAGGAAGCAGAGCAGUGGCAUGCCUAUGGCUGUAAAAGAUGUUUGUCUGUGAAUCUGCCUCUAAAUAUGAUAUUUAUGUUAAUGAACAUCUCAGAUGUAAGGCAACAACCUCAACAAAGAUGUCAAAAAUAUUUUUACAUUUGAAAGAUGUAAAAUGGUGUAUUUGUAAUGCCUAUUAAAAGUUUUUAACUCCC